AUGCCUCCGAUUCUGCGCCUCAACGCCGGAGUUGUGUUGUCGAGGAAGAGCGGGGAAAUUAGAGAAAGGGAAAUUUGGGUUUGGGGUGAACAAAGGUCUUUUUCUGCGUUCCCAUCUCCAUCCCCGUUUUAUGCUGAAGAUUUCGAUUAUAAGACCCCUAAUUUUGAUCAGAAUCAGAAUUUGGAGGAGUACAAGGAAAAUGAGGACGCCGGAAAAAUAUCAGUGAAAGCUUUUUUCCUUUGCACCAGUGUUGAUUUGAAGAGCAUGCAAGCGGAGAAUUCAGGCAAUGUUAUUCCUCCUAGCUCGCGUUCAUCUAACUAUAUUGCGCUCAGAUUUUGCGAUCCCCCACUGCAAACUGGAAGCGUAUUUGUAAAGAAUGCUAGUUGCUGUCGUUACAUGGUUGUCUUCCAAUAUGGUUCAGCAGUCCUGUUCAAUGUGGAGGAUCAUGACGCUGAAUACUACCUACAACAUGUUAGACGAUACGCUUCUGGAUUGCUUUCUGAGAUGAAGAAAGACGAUUAUGCCAUAAAAGAGAAGCCCUUGUUAGUUGAGGAUAUGCAGGGAGGCCCAGAUCACAUUAUUCUGAAAAAUCUGGACCUAGAUAGUAUCCGCAUAAUUAGCAGUGUUCUUGGUCAAAGUAUAGCGUUGGAUUAUUUUGUCUCACAGGUUGAUGGCAUAGUUGAAGAGUUCACAGAUAUUAAUCGUGGUAUGGAGAAAAGUGGUACUUUCACAAUGGAUCGGAAGAAACUCUUUCAACUUGUUGGAAAGGCCAACUCAAAUCUAGCUGAUGUGAUUCUCAAAGUCGGUCUUUUUGAGAGAUCAGAAAUAGCUUGGAGAGAUGCAAAAUAUGGGCAGAUACUGGACUACCUUCGAGAGGAAUACGAGGUCGCCCAACGAUUUGGAAAUCUUGAUUAUAAGUUAAAAUUUGUUGAGCAUAACAUUCAUUUUCUUCAAGAAGUGCUUCAAAACAGAAAGUCAGAUUUGCUGGAAUGGUGCAUCAUAGUUUUGUUGAGUAUAGAAAAUGUAAUAGGGAUAUACGAGAUUAUUCGCGGAUCUACCGGAAUUGCAAUAUGA